CUGUCGAUUUCUCUCCCCUGGGCGGCCUCGGCCCUCGGCCAGUCGGGCCUGGCGCCUCCCAGAAGGCCCCGCGCCGCGAAGGGGGUUUGCAGCUGCUCCGUCAUCGUGCGGCCCGAGGCGAGCGAGCCCGCGCUCGUGUGCAGGCCCGGCUCGGUUCCUGGUCUCCGGCGCGAGGGCUCACGCGAGGCCCCGGCCUCGCUCCCCGGACAAGGCCGCCACCCCGGGCGCCAUGAAACAGGAGGGCUCGGCGCGGCGCCGCGGCGCCGACAAGUCGAAGCCGCCGCCCGGCGGAGGCGAACAGGAGCCGCCGCCGCCCCCAGCCCCCCAGGACGUGGAGAUGAAGGAGGAGGCGACCCCGGGCGUGGGCUCCACCGGGGACGCCGACGGCAAGGCGGCCACGGCGGCGGCCGAGCACUCCCAGCGCGAGUUGGACACCGUCACCUUGGAGGACAUCAAGGAGCACGUGAAGCAGCUGGAGAAGGCUGUCUCCGGCAAGGAGCCCCGCUUUGUGCUGCGCGCCCUGCGGAUGCUGCCCUCCACGUCCCGCCGCCUCAACCACUAUGUCCUGUAUAAGGCCGUGCACGGCUUCUUCACCUCCAAUAACACCACUCGAGACUUCCUGCUGCCCUUCCUGGAGGAGCCCAUGGAUACGGAAGCUGAUUUACAGUUCCGUCCCCGGACAGGGAAAGCCGCGUCCACUCCCCUCCUGCCUGAAGUGGAAGCGUACCUGCAGCUCCUCAUGGUCAUCUUCCUGAUGAACAGCAAGCGCUACAAGGAGGCCCAGAAGGUCUCUGACGACCUGAUGCAGAAGAUUAGUGCUCAGAACCGCCGGGCCCUGGACCUGGUGGCCGCCAAAUGUUACUAUUACCACGCCCGGGUCUAUGAGUUCCUGGACAAGCUGGACGUGGUGCGCAGCUUCUUGCAUGCCCGGCUCCGGACAGCCACACUGCGGCACGACGCCGACGGCCAGGCCACCCUGCUGAACCUGCUGCUCCGGAACUACCUGCACUACAGCCUGUACGACCAGGCCGAGAAGCUGGUGUCCAAGUCCGUGUUCCCCGAGCAGGCCAACAACAACGAGUGGGCCCGGUACCUGUACUACACCGGGCGAAUCAAAGCCAUCCAGUUAGAGUACUCGGAGGCCCGGCGAACGAUGACCAAUGCCCUCCGCAAGGCGCCGCAGCAUACGGCUGUGGGCUUCAAACAGACGGUGCACAAGCUGCUCAUCGUGGUGGAGCUGCUGCUGGGCGAGAUCCCUGACCGGCUGCAGUUCCGGCAGCCGUCCCUCAAGCGCUCGCUCAUGCCCUACUUCCUUCUGACCCAAGCCGUCAGGACGGGAAACCUCGCCAAGUUCAACCAGGUCCUGGAUCAGUUUGGGGAGAAGUUCCAGGCAGACGGGACCUACACCCUCAUCAUCCGACUGCGACACAACGUCAUCAAGACAGGUGUGCGCAUGAUCAGCCUCUCCUACUCCCGGAUCUCCCUGGCUGACAUUGCCCAGAAGCUGCAGCUGGACAGCCCAGAGGAUGCCGAGUUCAUCGUCGCUAAGGCCAUCCGCGACGGCGUCAUCGAGGCCAGCAUCAACCACGAGAAGGGCUACGUGCAGUCCAAGGAGAUGACGGACAUCUACUCCACGCGGGAGCCGCAGCUGGCCUUCCACCAGCGCAUCUCCUUCUGCCUGGACAUCCACAACAUGUCUGUCAAGGCCAUGAGGUUUCCUCCCAAAUCCUACAACAAGGACUUGGAGUCAGCGGAGGAACGGCGGGAGCGGGAGCAGCAGGACCUGGAGUUCGCCAAGGAGAUGGCGGAAGAUGAUGAUGACAGCUUCCCCUGAGCCGGGGGGCUGGGGAAGGCGGGGGUGAGUGGGGACAGGUGCUGUCUGUCCCCGGGGCGCCCCUGCCCAGGGCACCCGCUCCUCUUCCCACACACGGCUCACAGACUGCACCCGUGCGGGGUGGGGGGUGCGGGUGCAGGGACCAGCCGCCCCAUCCUGCCCCAGGACCGCGCCCCAGCCGGCAGCUUCAUGCGCGGUGGGCAGGAGGAGGACGGGGAGGGCCUCCAGGGCAGGGUCCUGGCCAGCGUGGGCUGGAGGAUGGGACCCCGCGCUCCCGCGGGGAGGAGGGACUGAACUGGGACAUGCAUUGGGGUGUAUGUUUUUUGAAGCUUCAAUUAUGAUUUUUAAACAAUAAAAAGUUCUCCAAAGUU